AUGGGCUCCAAGCCUUUGCAGAUAUGGGACAAGACUGUAAGCAUGCGAUAUCAUAGUAUUUGCCUCGCUGUAGUGUUUUAACGCUGGGGCACUUCCACUUUUCAUAAAACUUUCCGUACUAAGAUAGUAACUCCACAAGCUUCCGCCACUGAAGGGCUUUUUAGUAUUGCAUCUGUCGUUUGUGUUGUGGAAAAGUUUCUCGUGCAAAGUCUUUUUGCAAUACCUGUUUGCCACAUUGACCGUACAAUUCGAACAGAUGGUAAGCGGUAUGCAGUUCGCUGUGUACAGUUCAAUUCAACCACCAGGGAUCUGAGGGCAGACAUCUGAAAUUUCGACCCUUAAUACAAGCCAUUUUCUAUCAUUUGCUGACUAUGACUAACUUAUAGAAGAUACGACUCGGUGUCGUUGACAGCCGACUUCGGAGAUGGCAUUAGCUUUAUUACACUCUACGGGCAGACUACACCCCCCCAGACAGAUCACCCGGAUUUUGUGGCGGGCUGUCCUCUGUAGAUCAGGGAUCUUAACUACGGCGAUAAGAUUGUGCUGCUCCAAACAUGCAGCAUGCAGCAUGCCGUCAUUCUGAUUUCCCAAGUGAGUCAAAGACAGCCAUAGUGGACUAAAAUAAUUUCCUCCAAAGCGACGACAAUCGUCUCGCAUGUCGUCGUCGGUAAUAUUUACCCAGUUACGACAGGCUAUGAUAAUCCUAAGCUAGUUACAAGUUUCACUCAACGCGGGUUAGAGUUUCUGCGACCGCAAAAAUACGAACUGGAGCAGCAGGUCAACGGGGGGCGCUUGUAGACGUCCUAAUCACGUGAAAUUAGUGGAAUUGGUGCACAUUCACAUAAAAAGACCACACCUGACGCAUCAAGACAGGCACUUUGCUUUCUGCAAUCGCCUCAGUGUACCGUGCGUUCCUGUGAAUGCUUCUCUCGACCGUUCGAUAUGGGUCACGCUCCCAGAGGAUGUCCUUCCUGCGGUAAGCGUUGGAGGGCUUUGACUAGUAUUCUGUUUCUUAAUUUAUACCCCGCCCCCUCUCUAACGUACGAAUACACGGUCAGUUAAAAACUUGACUGGUUAACUGCGUCAUCCUUAUUCACCGACCGAGAUGGCUUUUCCACGGAUUCCAGCUACCUACAGUUUGAAUUGUCUGAGAUUUCGUUUGUCGUGACGCCAUCGCCCAUUAACCAGCGUAUGUGAAUAACAUACAGAAGACAGAAAUUAACAUUGGUAAACGGACUCAAAGUACACCCGCGGUCCUGCUGUUAGUGGUUCACUGGUUUGCCAAUCGCUUUAAAUCCUUUCAGAGGUCUACCAUCGAUCGAUUUGAAUGGACAACAUCACUUUUAAUGCCGUUAUCCUAUAAAGUGAAGAUAAAUGAAGCAGCAGUCCUAGUUGCCAUUCAAAGAACUGGAAAGAAUGUCGUGGCAUUCCAAAUCUCAGACCCAGGCACACCGGAUUUGAGUCGGCGUUCAGACGAGGUUCCGCAUUCCUAUUUUCUUGUUUACUCAUCUUCGCACGGCCUUUAUAAAAGCAAAUUCGAAAGACUGUUUCUGAUAAUCGAUAUUGGAUACGGGGAUUGUUAUGAGAUUUCUUAGAAAUCUGGAAUACACGCGACUCCACAAGAACCACUUAAAUUCUUUGUCCGAAGUCGUUGCCUCUAGUAAUUCGGAUCCCGACGAAAACCACAUGCCAGCAAUGACAAGCGAACUUACUUGAUGGCGGUUCACGGUCGCCAUGUCACAGCACGACAUCGAAUUUCGUGGUAUUUUAUAAAACAUUCGGCGUGCCAGAUGACCCUCCACGCCCUAGUGGCGCUGUAGCCGCUGGUCUACAACUGCUUAUACGUCAGGCCCGACAGCCUGACGUAACUAACCUUUACCGAAGGCCGUUCCAUUAGGUCCCACCUUUGGACGCGUCGUGUAGCUAGCAUAUAGGCUAACGAGGGAAUCCGUCUCCUCGGAGUGAAUUACGCCGGGUAUUUCGAAUGAGAGUCCGAAAUCACUACAACAAUAUGGGAAGAGUAUCUCAGGCCGUUCAAGAAACCAGAGGAGUAGUUUUGACACGCCCGUCGUCGUCCGUUGCCCUCGCGAUCCGGCGCUGAUGCCAAUCUGUAGGCGUCAAAUGGAUCAACCCGAACCAGUAUUGACAUAGUCCCUCAAGGCAUAGACUUUUUUCUUGUACCCUCGGUAUUCGGUCUCCGUCGCUGGAGGGAUCGGUCGAGCUCUCAAGAUCGUUGACGCAGAUCGCCACACUUGGAGAGGCGCAUUUCGCGACAUCAUCGGGGCUGGUUAGAUCGGCUAUCUUCACAAUUCUAUUAAGUACAAGUACAGUAAGAUUUUUCGGGUGAUAUGCUUUCUAGGUCAGUUGCGUAUAUUUGUUGUAAGCACUCCGGGAUUCUAUUACUAUGCAGUUUUUUAAACCUUUAUAUUGCCUGACUUCAGCCCAAGUAUCGACUUCCGCACGCCAUAAACCUAACGACGACGAUUAUGACGUCUGUUUAUGCUUUAAAUUUGCCUAUACCCACACCGAGGCAGUAAGUUACAGCGUCAAUUCUAACAACAACGUCACACGUGAAGGCGAGAUUGUUACUGGAGUCCGAAGUGACCUGCUGAUUGAGCAGUUAUAGUUUGAGUACUAUAGCGAAGAAUUUUUUUACCCACAGUAAUUUUGUAGUAGGAAUUCCAUGAUAAUCAUUUGACUCCAUUCAUAAUCAUUUCCAGCACUUCUUGGCUUGAUACAACCACGUUCCUAACUGCUUCACAAUCUGAUCACCGCCAUACAGUCCGAGAACCACGCGAAUUUCUCGUUUCUUUUAUGGGACUACUAACCAUAACACUGAAACGUUUUUGUGAUAAAAGUAACGUAUUUAAACCACUGACCUCGACACGUUCCAGUGAGUCCAGAUUUCGAACAUAGAAGAACGUAAGUCUGUUCCUACUGAACUAGCCCCACGUUUUCUUUUGUGCCGAGUUUCGUCCGAAAUACGCUUCCUUUUUCGUCUUCGAUACUCCUCUUAUUCCAUCUUUUUCCCCUUAGGCUAAGAAUGGGCACAUAAAGCGCAUUACUGACAACGAUAUACAAUCGCUCGUCCUUGAGGUUGUGGGCAAUAACAUAAGGUCCGUCCAGUCUCCUUAGUAUGCAGCCUGCCUCUAGCACUACCUUCAUCAGCUGCCCUGCAGAUCCAUCCAAAGCUCUGGGCAUAAAACUGCCAUUUCUAGUGCUAAUCGUCAAAAAUUUGAACAAGUACUUCUCAUUUGAAGUCCAGGUAAGCGAAUUAUUCCUAUCUUGCUCUAACAAACUAUUGACCUUCAGAUACAGGAUGACAAGGGAAUCCGUCGACGCUUUCGCGCCAGCAACUACCAAAGCACAACUCGCGUAAAGCCAUUCAUAUGCACCAUGCCUAUGCGGUUAGAGGAGGGGUGGAAUCAUCUCCAACUUAACUUGACCGAUCUCACUAAACGCGCCUAUGGAACCAACUUUGUGGAAGUUUUACGUAUUCAGGUGAAGUUUGGAUCCUCUAGCUUCUUUGCACGUUCUCGCAUUUGA